CUAGGAUGUACAGUAUCUAUGUACAGUGUAGUGAUCAGGGGUUUCUUCACUACUCUAUAGGAUCCUCCCAGCGACUCAGCAAGAAUGGAUAGGGACAGGUACACAAUGGCUGAGAGACUGUUAAAUCUCACCUUGGAGAUAAUCUACCUGCUGACGGGUGAGAAUCAUACAGUAGUGAAGGAGACAUCUGGUGAAUGUGUAAAACCCAGGAGCCCAGGACUGAGAAUGAACAGCUCCAUCAACAUGUAUGAGAGAAGCAAUAAGCAGAAGAUCCUAGACCUCACCAAUAAGAUCAUCGAGAUGCUGACUGGAGAGGUUCCUAUUAGAUGUCAGGAUGUCGCUGUCUUUUUCUCCAUGGAGGAGUGGGAAUAUGUAGAAGAACACAAAGAUGGAUACAAGGACACAAUAAUGGAGAAUCGCCAGCCCCUCAUUUCACUAGAUCUAUCCAGUAUGAAAAUCACACCGCAGAGAUGUCUCAGUCCUCUUCGCCAAGAGGAUUGCGCAGGAGAACAUCACAGUGUCUCACUAGAUCAACAGGGUAGAGAUCUGAACAAUAUUAAUCCUAAUGCUGUAUCAGAAAAAGAAGAAACAUAUAUGAGGGUUGAUCAGCCGUAUAAGGAUGAAAUUCCUACAGAGAACUGCCAAGAUGACUAUACCAGAGGCUCAGAGGAAUAUCUCCUUGUAUCAUCAGAUUAUAAAGUAGAAGAUAGUGAAAACACACAAGAUACAUAUGAAGAGCGUGCCAUUAUUUCAGAUAUACCCUCAUCCCUUUAUAUUAGAUAUUUAUCACCUGAUCCAUUAAAGCAUGAAGUUCAAUCUCCUGAUAUAUCACAGAUCAAUAAUCAAAGUACAAAUCACAGAGAGUUUAUAGACAGUAGAAAUCAUAUAGAUGAGAGACUAUUUUCAUGUUCAGAAUGUGGCAAACAUUUUCCUCAGAGAUCAGCUCUUGAGAAACAUCAAAGAACUCACACAGAACGACCAUUUUCAUGUUCGGAAUGUGGGAAAUGUUUCACCAGAAAACCACAUCUUUUUCAGCAUCUAAAAAUUCACACAGGAGAAAAGCCCUAUCAAUGUUCUGAAUGUGGGAAAUGUUUCAGCCAAAAAUCUGAUCUUGUUAAACAUCAGAGAAUUCACACAGGAGAGAAACCAUAUUCCUGUUCAGAAUGUGGAAAGUGUUUUAGCCAAACUUCUGCUGUUAUUGGACAUCUAAGAAUUCAUACAGGCAUUAAGCCAUUUUCAUGUUCAGAAUGUGGAAAAUGCUUUACCAAGAGAUCGGAGCUUGAAAAACAUCAAAGAAUUCACACGGGAGAGAAGCCAUUUUCAUGUUCUGAGUGUAAGAAAAGUUUUACAUCUAAAUCUAACCUUUGUAAACAUCAGAAAAUUCACACAGGAGAGAAGUCAUUUUUAUGUUUCCAGUGUGGGAAAGGUUACAGCAAGAAAUCUGCAUUUAUUGAACAUCAGAAAUAUCACAUGGGGGAGACUACAUUAAAUGUUCAGACUGUAGGAAAUAUUUUGCCUCCGUUAUGGGACUCCUCUGAGUCUUUUAUUAUUGAGGACAAGUCCCCGGAUGUAUCAGAGACUAUGAACCUAUUUACAGAUCAGAGACAGCAUACUAGCAAGCAGAUUCAAAGAAAUGAGAAGCAAUUUUCUUGUUCAGAGUGUGGAAAAUAUUUUUCCCAAAAAUCUGAUCUUGUUAAACAUGAAAAACUUCAUACUGGAGAAAAACCCUUUUCAUGUUCAGAAUGUAGAAAAUGUUUCAUGAGUAAAUCACAGCUUGCUCAACACCUAAAAACUCACACACGAGAGAAGCCAUUUUCAUGCUCAGACUGUGAAAAAUGUUUUACCCAGAAAUCAGAUCUUGUUGAUCACCAGAGAAUGCACAUAGGGGAGAAGCCAUUUUCCUGUCCUGAAUGUGGAAAAUGUUUCUACAGGAAAUCACAUCUUACACAACAUCUAAAAAUUCACACAGGAGAGAGACCAUUUUCAUGUUCAGAAUGUGGGAAAUGUUUUACCCAGAAAUCAGAUCUUGUUAAACAUCAAAGAAUUCACACAGGAGAGAAGCCAUUUUCAUGUACUAUAUGUGGGAAAUGUUUCAACCAGAAGUCAGCUGUCAUUGACCAUCAAAGAAUUCAUACGGGGAAGAAGCGAUUUUCAUGCUCAGACUGUGGGAGAUGUUUUAAUCAAAGAUCAAUUUUUGUUCAGCAUCAAAGGAUUCACACAUUAGAAGAGCUUUUCCCAUGUUCAGAAUGUGGGAAGUGUUUCAGCAAAAAACCUGCCCUUGUCAAACAUCAGAAAGAUCACGCAAGGGAGAAGCCAAUAUAAAGGCUAUGUACACCUUUGGGGGCAAUUUUUUCAAAUAUUGCAUUGUACUAAUUUUGAGCUAAAAAAAAUCAUUUUUCCCCUCACCCAUGACAGCACCCAUGCGACUAGGACCUCCCAUCCGGGACAGGAAGCGUGAUUAGAUAAAAUGGUUCACACCCCCACCACACCUUAGUUCAGGUUUCUUGUCCUCCGGAUAGGAGGUACCCGAGGAGUUCCCUUUUUCUUUUUAGGUUCUCACCUAGGAGGGCUGGGGGAGGUCCGGGUCUACAACACCAUAAUGGGACCUACCCCUGGCGGCGUAAGUCUCCGGUGGGAGCCAUCGCCUAAGCCUGUCCUGCUCCUGCCUCCUCCCAAAGCCUCAUUGGGGAGCCACUCCGGCAGUGUUCAGGCGGCUCCCAGUCCAUGGUACUGCGGCGGCCUACUUCUAAGAUGGCGGAGAGUGCCCCCGAUGUGCUCUGUGCAUGCGAGCCGGGGAGGCUUCUUUAGGGGCAUUAAAUCUCUGCCGGCAGCGCUAACAGGAAGGGGAGGGGCUUGCUGGCCUCAUGGAUUAGGCAUUACUGUUGGGCAUACUGUUCAAAGGAGUCGAGGCGCUUAACAAGUCGGCAGCAGGAGGGGACAGCCAGCCGUGGUACGCAAACAAUGCUGUGCAGGACCUGGAGUCUCCACUAAGAUGUCGGAACCAGGUGAUGCUGGACGUGCCGAUCCCUUGGAACCCUCGAGGCCCACAAGCCCAGUAUUGGACCUGAGGAGUGGGGAAGCUUGACUCUUCACUUUGGGUGAGAUUGAUUCUCUAUUAAUAAUUUUGGGUGUUUUUGUUUUUUUUGUAGCAAAAACACCUAAGAAAUCUACCGGCAAAACUAAACAUAAGGAAUGUGGAGGAUGUAGAGUAGCAUGG